AGCGUGCGGCGGCGAUGGCGGCGGCCGGAGCGCUGGAGCCGCGGGCGACUAGCAAGCCCGGCCGCCGCGCCCUGUACUUCUGCGGGAGCAUCCGGGGUGGACGCGAGGACCAGGCACUGUACCAGCGCAUCGUGUCGCGGCUGGGGCGCUUCGGGGCGGUGCUCACCGAGCACGUGGCGGCCGCCGAGCUGAGCGCGAGCGGGGAAGAGGCUGCUGGGAGUGACAGGCUCAUCCAUGAGCGGGACCUGGCCUGGCUGCAGCAGGCAGAUGUGGUUGUGGCAGAAGUGACCCAGCCAUCUUUGGGUGUUGGCUACGAGCUGGGCCAGGCUGUGGCCCUCAGUAAAUGAAUCCUGUGCCUGUUCCGCCCGCAGUCUGGCCGAGAACUUUCAGCCAUGAUCCGCAGAGCAGCUGAUGGCUGGCGGUUCCAGGUGUGGGACUACGAGGAGGCAGAGCUGGAGGCCCUGCUGGACCGGUACUUUGAGGUGGAUUCUCCUGAGCAGGUGGCUGCCUCCCCUGAGCCGACCGCUUAAGUCAAGUUUACUUGACUUACAGUUUACUACAUUCUUCUGAGCCCACGCUCUGCUCUAGUACCAUUCCUACUUCUUAGCCCCUGAACCAAAUUAAAAGGUAGGUUGAUGA